AUGUCUGGUGCUGGAAAUAGAGAACAAGUGUUCCCCACCCGUAUGACUUUAGGGGUAAUGAAGGGUAAAUUGAAAGGUGCUCAGCAGGGACAUUCGCUUUUAAAGAGAAAAUCCGAAGCGUUGACCAAAAGAUUCAGAGAUAUCACCCAAAGAAUCGAUGAUGCAAAGAGAAAGAUGGGUAGAGUAAUGCAAACUGCAGCUUUCUCUUUAGCAGAAGUGCAAUAUGCCACUGGUGAUAAUAUCUCAUAUCAGGUUCAAGAGUCCGUACAAAAUGCCAGAUUUCAAGUCAAAGCCAAGCAAGAAAACGUUUCUGGUGUUUACUUACCAACAUUCGAAAGUCACAUUAAUGAAGAUAUCAACGAUUUUAAGAUGACUGGUUUAGGUAGAGGUGGUCAACAAGUUCAAAAAGCUAAAAUGGUGUACACUAAGGCAGUGGAGACCUUGGUUGAAUUGGCCUCAUUGCAAACCGCAUUUAUAAUUUUGGAUGAAGUUAUUAAGGUCACCAAUAGAAGAGUUAAUGCCAUUGAGCAUGUUAUUAUUCCUAGAACUGAGAAUACUAUCAGUUAUAUUAACUCAGAAUUGGAUGAAUUGGACAGAGAAGAGUUCUAUCGUUUGAAAAAAGUCCAGGAAAAGAAGCAAGAGGCUGCAGCAAUUACCGAAGCCGAAGAAGCAGAAAGUAAAACCAAAACUCUGCAACAAAUUGAUGAGGCUGAGGUCGAAAAGGAAGUCGCUGGUUUGGAUAUUAAGGCACAUGGUGAGGAAGACCUAUUAAAAGAAACUGAAGAUGAUGUUAUAUUCUGA